CUAAUUUGUGUUUUUAUAGUGAAUAUGAAGACAGCCAAUCAGCAGGAAAGUAUCAAAACCCUUAUAACAGAUAGAAGACAACUUAUUGAGGAACAAAAGAUGAUGGAGAACGAGAUGGAGGAGGUGGUCCGAGACAGACACCUGAGCCUAGAAAAAGCUGGGUUUAUCCAAAAGAGGCUAACUCAAGUCAGAGAGGAGCUGAACAAAGAGAGAGACGAGCUGAGGAAUAAGAUUGACGAGCUGAGCAGAGAGAAAGAUGAGCUGAGCAGAAAGAACGACGAGCUGAGCAAUGAGAAAGACGAGCCGAACGAUGAGAAAGACGAGCUGAACAAAGAGAGAGACGAGCUGAGCAGGAAGACAGAGGAGCUGAGCAAAGAGAGAGACGAGCUGAGGAAUAAGAUUAACGAGCUGAGCAGAGAGAAAGAUGAGCUGAGCAGAAAGAAUGACGAGCUGAACAAUGAGAAAGAUGAGCUGAGCAGGAAGACAGAGGAGCUGAGCAAAGAGAGAGACAGGCUGAGUGAAGACAAACACGAGCUGAGACAGGAGAAAGACAAACUGAACAAAGAGAAAAAGGAUCUGAGCACAGAGAAAGAGGAGCUGAAGAAAGAGAGAGAGAAGCUGAGAGUAUUGACAGACCAGGCAGAGAAGCGAUGCAGAGAGAGAGAUGCUCUGAAAAACUUUUAUGAUGCCCUCAUGAAAUUUGACAAUUUUCCAGUUCGUGAUUUGUGCCCAGUAUCGUUGAGACCGAAAUGCCAGCAUUGCGCCAAACAUGAGAAAUCCUACAAGGGACACUGCUACUAUAUUUAUCCAUAUGACAUAGGUUAUGCAAACUGGGACCGAAGUCGACAGUUGUGUAAGACUGAAGGUGGAGACUUGGUUGUAAUUGAUGAUCUGGAGGAGCAGGAAUUUAUCAACAAUCACACCCAGAAAUACGAUUCUGAUAACCAUGGAUACUGGAUAGGGUUACAUCACUUUCGACACAAUUGGUCCUGGGUUGAUGGACGUAGGAACUUUCUUGAGUUCUGGAUUGAGGGGAUUCCCCGUUCGUCAGGAGCAGCGCUGCAUAUGCCACGACAAAAAGCCACAGAGAGCUGGAGAGCAGAAGACAAGAUGGAAGCAUCCAAAUUCAUCUGUGAGCGUCUGGAGAUUUCUUGGCCCUUUGGCUAACACUGUUCUCUUAAAGCUUCAAUCAAGAAUACUCAGCGUGUCAUCACAUUUUGGUGAAUGUCAUAAAUAAAAGCUCAAUCUCUGAAAGCCAA